CUACUUUUUAAAUCAUGACCAACGCAUUUUUAUGUAAUAUCUUUCACCUUUUCGCUCUAGGCUUGUCGCGUUGCCUUGUUUCCUCUGCUCAGUUCAACAAUUUCUUGAAUGAUGGAACUUUUGACGGAUUAACCUGUCCUGAGUCCGGUAUUGUCUUCAAUGUGCUCAAUAUACAAAGCGAUAUCCAGUGUGCGUUCCAGUGUCCACGCUAUGACACGUGCGUUGCCGUAUUCUACAAACCGUCGGAGAAGAAAUGUGUUGGAUGUUUAACAACAGAAGGGAUGACUACGGAAGAGGGAAAUAUUGGUUAUGCUUCAGGUUGUGGGACUCCACCACCUAUUGCUUACGGAAAUAUCACUUUGACCUCUGGAACAAACUUCAUGGACACAGCAACUGUAGCCUGUGACUCGAGAUUCCGUGCUUCCUCUGAAACGAUCACGUGCACGUCUGAUGGUGUUUGGGAAACGGCUACCUGUGAAGAGUACGAUUGUUACUUGACAACACCAGGGGAGUAUAAAGGGAAACGAAACACAACAUACAUGGGAACAACGUGCUUCAGGUGGGAUUCCCCUGAAGCAACCAGUUUCUGCGAGACCUCCUACUGUCCAGAUCCAGCUGAAGCCGAGAACUAUUGUAGAAAUUCAGAUUUUGAUGAAAAUUCGUCGCCUUGGUGCAUUCCAGAAAGCGUGACGCAAGAUUUCUAUAAACAAAGUUGCGAAAUUCAUAAGUGUGAUUAG